UCAUAUUCUACUCAGUACUCAAUGUCCCGGAGCCCAAGAAAAGUCAAUAAAUUUGAUCCUCUUGCUCUCAAGACUCAAAUCUUGUUGCAGCUAGCGAGCAGUGAAGCUGCUUCUCUGUAUGUGUGUGUGCGUUUCUUUCUCACAGACACCGGCACAGAUACACAUCAAAUAUGCAGCCUGAGCUUCAAGCAUGGACAGUACUUGCAAGUCUCAUCCUAACAUUUUUAACUGCAAGCCCCCUCCCACUAGCUGAAAAGAUCACCAGUUUACCGGGACAACCACGAGUCAGUUUCCAGCAGUUUGCCGGCUAUGUAACCAUUGAUGAAAAGCAGAAAAGGUCACUUUUUUACUACUUUGUUGAGGCACAAACCGCCCCUGCUUCUAAGCCUCUUGUUCUUUGGUUAAAUGGGGGACCUGGUUGUUCAUCCAUCGGAGCUGGAGCUUUCUGUGAGCAUGGACCUUUUAAACCAAGCGGAAACAUUCUGCUUAAGAACGAAUAUAGCUGGAAUAAAGAAGCAAACAUGCUAUACCUGGAGUCACCUGCGGGAGUUGGUUUUUCAUACUCAGCUAAUGAAUCAUUCUAUACCUCAGUGAAUGACCAAAAGACAGCGGAAGAUAAUCUGGUAUUCCUGAGUCGCUGGUUCCUCAAAUUUCCCGAGUACAAAAACAGGGAUUUGUUCAUCACUGGAGAGAGCUAUGGAGGCCACUACGUUCCGCAGCUUGCGAAACUCAUUGUUCAAUCCAAAAUUAACUACUUCAAUCUCAAGGGAAUAGCAAUAGGCAAUCCUCUUCUGGAAUUCAACACCGAUUUCAACUCUCGGGCGGAGUACUUGUGGUCCCACGGGCUGAUAUCGGAUUCAACAUAUGAAAGUUUCACUUCAGUAUGUAACAACUCCCAAAUCAGAAGGCAGAUUAUUCAGACUGGAACUCUGACCCCAGUUUGCGCUGAAGUGUACAGCUUAGUUUCCAGACAAGUCAGUAAAUUGAUCGACGCAUAUGAUGUUACUCUUGAUGUCUGUGUGUCUUCACUGUCUUCUCAAUCUCUGGUGCUUAAUCGACUGCAAGGAACAGAGAAGAUAGAUGUUUGUGUGGAAGAUGAAACUUACAUCUACUUGAACCGAAAAGAUGUGCAAAAAGCUCUCCAUGCUUUGCUUGUUGGAGUUAGCGGAUGGAGCAUUUGCAGCGAUACCCUCAGGUAUGAUAUGCGAAACCUGGAAAUACCUACCGUCCAUGAUGUGGGUGCACUUGUCAAGGCUGGAAUCCGGGUUCUAGUUUACAGUGGAGAUCAAGAUUCGGUUCUACCACUAACUGGAACAAGAAGUGUGGUAAAUGGAUUGGCAAAGGAGUUGGGACUGAAUACCACUGUGCCUUACGGAGCCUGGUUUGGAGGCAGGCAGGUUGCUGGUUGGACUCAAGUAUAUGGUGAUAUUUUGUCUUUUGCCACCAUUAGAGGAGCAUCUCAUGAAGCUCCAUUUUCACAGCCAGAGAGGUCCCUAGUUCUAUUCAAUGCGUUUCUAGCAGGAAAGCCACUGCCACAAUCACUCUAAAUUUACUGAUAAAAAAAAAAUCAUGAUUGAAAAUAAAUAGCAGUUUUUAUCCUCUUUGGUUUUCAAUUUGUUCACUACCAUGUUACUUAAAUAAUGAUUCUUGAACAUCACCGUA